CCAACCAUCUACGUAUACAGCUGUACACACUGAAUUAAUUGCUAGCGGAGGCCUAUUAUAUUGCAGUAUAAAAAGUCACACUCGCUCGCUUGCAGCUAGCGAUUAAACAAACAUUAAUGGGAAACAUAAAUGAGAACUGCUCUUUGUACUCCUCUAAGAUGUCUUGUGAUUAAGUAUUUUGGCAAGAUUCCAAGUCGAUCUUGUCCAUCGAUUUUGAAUCUUAAUUUGUAAUCCACUUUUAACGAUAAUUCCACCUCGCCGUCAGACCACGAAACGUAAUCAAUUUUGUUGUCUCUACCAGAAUCUUCUUUCGGCCCCGGAUUAUGACAUUUUCGGAGCUGUUAUUUCUUCGAUUCCGUUCAAAGAUGGCGGAAUGAAGAAUUAUCCAGGCCUUAAGUGCGUGCGUAACCUGAGUUGCGGUGUGGACGGUAGACAUUUAAUUCGUUUUCCAACAUGGAAUUUUCCUGUUGCGCUGUCACAGUGAAAAAGCCGUUUCCACAUUUAUACGGCGUAGAUCAGGUUCCGAGGCUUCAAUUUGCAUUUUUAACCCAUGUUUUAACUUAAAAGUCUGAUUACAAAAUUGUUAAUAAACAAAUGUGCAUAAAGAUGACAGUGUUUGAAAUUACUAUCACUGGGAACCAUAUUGGUUCUCAAUAGAAUGUCAUCGCGGUGCAGGAUUUGUCGAAUGAACGGACUUGAAUUUUUUUGAACUUAAAAUAACAUCUGCGUAUUGCAAACAAACGUUGUUAAGAAUUGUUUAAAUAUGGCGCGGAAGCUGAAAUGAUGUAACGGUUGUGUAAUUUUGGCUUUCGCAAAGUCUCAACUAAGGUACCUAUUUUGUCUUAUUGCUUGCUGAACAAAUAUGAAAACCAUUACUGGUUUUGUGUUCUGGUUUUUAUCGCAACUUGUGUGGAAGAAAGUCUUAACAACUACAAAUCCGCCAUCGGUUGGUGUGUCAUACAAUCCGACACCGUUUCCAACAUCCCAGUAUGCGACAUUGGUUGGUACACUUCCACCUGCCUACUGUUUGAUAUCUCUUAAAGGUGACGAGGGAACGUUUGGCGAUAAGCUUACUUUGGAGACACCGCUGAAGCCAUCUGAAAGCCCUACGCCGACGACUGUGCCGACGUCCUCGCCGUUACCUUCAGCAACUACACCCACGACUACACCUACCAGCCCACCCGAGACCACAGGCAGCUGUGUUAAAUACAAAAAAUGGAAGAUCACAGUUCGUAAGGAGCACUUCGUAGAGAUGACCCUUGAAAGUAUCAAUCUGGGUCCUGGAGCAUGCCUGUAUAACAUGUUUUUGAUUGUAAAGGAUGCUGAUGCCAUGUCAAGUAAUGUACUUCAUAUUCAAUGUGAAGCAGAUGCUGUUCCUCGACGUAUAUGGUCCAGUAGCAAUGUAAUGGUAGUAGAGAGAUAUGGCAGGAGUUCACGAUCGACUGCAAAUACAGGAUUCCAUGCAAGCUACCAAGCAAUACCUUUAAGCAAGGGAGGUCUGUAUAUCGUUUAUUACCAACCCAAAUUCGCACUUAGCCGAUCCGAAGCCGUGUCGACUGCCCUGAUAUCUUUCAAUAUCAAGUCACUGACUUGAUCUGGCCACGAUAUCACGGUCACUUGAAUGAGUUUGAGUACGGUAAAUACCUAAUCGUACCUUUUUGGUACGCUUCGCCUGCAUAUCAGGCUCGUUUGG